GCGGGGCGGGGCCGGGCGGCCGGUGCCGGGGGCGGGCGGCUGGACGGCGGCUGGAGCCCGAGUCGCCGCCGGAGUCGCAGCCGGAGCCGCGGCGGGCGCGGACGAUGAGGCCAGCCGCGGACUCGGGAGCCUGAGCCCUUGUGAAGCCAGCAAUGACAAGUCUGGAUGGUCGCCAUGCCGGGAAACCCAGUGACAUGCCCAAACCGUCGGCCCCCCGAGUGCACGUGCAGAGGUCCGUGUCCCGCGACACCAUCGCCAUCCACUUCUCGGCGGCCGGCGAGGAGGAGGAGGAAGAGGAGGAGGAGUUCCGGGAGCAUUUUGGCGAGGGGCUGGACGACCAAAGCAUUGUGACAGGCCUCGAAGCCAAGGAAGACCUUGACUUUGAACUCCAGGGUGGCCAUGUCCAGCCCCGCCUGGCCGAUGGGGUGGCCGUGUCCCCCGCCAUCCUGCCCGUCUCCGAGAACACUGUCAAGCUGCUGGAGACCCCUUCUCCCGCAGCCCAAGUAUUAAGUCCAGUGCCAGCGGGCCUGUCGCCCGUGUCGUCUUCGUCGGGGCCCUUAGCUAGCUCCCCCAGUGUGUCUUCCCUUUCCGAGCAGAAAACCAGUUCCUCCUCGCCAUUGUCCUCCCCGUCCAAGUCACCCGUGCUCUCGUCCAGUGCCUCAUCCUCCGCCCUCUCCAGCGCGAAGCCCUUCAUGAGCCUCGUGAAGUCCCUGUCAACCGAGGUGGAGCCAAAGGAGUCCCCGCAGCCCUCCCGGCACAGGCACCUGAUGAAGACCCUCGUCAAGUCCCUGUCCACCGACACCUCCAGGCAGGAGACGGACGCCGUGUCCUACAAGCCCCCCGACUCCAAGCUGAACCUGCACCUGUUCAAGCAGCUCACGCAGCCGCGGAGCACCGGGGGGGACUCCAAAACCGCCCCGUCCUCGCCCCUGACCUCCCCCUCCGACUCGCGCUCCUUUUUCAAAGUGCCCGAAAUGGAGGCGAAGAUCGAAGACACGAAGCGCCGGCUCUCCGAGGUCAUCUACGAGCCUUUCCAGCUCCUGAGUAAAAUCAUCGGGGAGGAAAGCGGCAGCCAUAGGCCCAAAGCCUUAUCUUCCAGUGCUUCCGAGCUCUCCAGUCUGUCUGGCCUGAACGGCCACUUGGAAAGCAAUCACAGCUACAGCAUCAAGGAAGAGGAGUGUGACUCGGAGGGGGACGGCUCCGGCAGUGACCCCAGCGGCCCCCGAAACGACCCCCCGAAGUGCACUGACGAGCCCGCCAGGGGGGCGGAAGGGAAGAGCUCCCAGGGGAGCAGCCUGAAGGACCUGGGCCUGAAGACCGGGUCUCUGGUCCUCGAGAAGUGCUCUCUGUCCGCCUUAGUGAGCAAGGAAGACGAGGAGUUUUGCGAGCUCUACAGUGAGGACUUUGAUUUGGAAACAGAGGAGGAGAAGAAGGCCGACAAGCUCCCCGACCUCCCUCUCAAGCCCGAGGGGCUGGCGGACGACGGGGCGGCCCUCGACAGCGACGAGGAGAGGGACUUGGUCCUGCAGCGCCCCGAGCUACCAGUGAAGACCUUGGGCUUCUUUAUAAUGUGUGUCUACGCGUACCUCAUCCUCCCCCUCCCCGUGUACGUCAGCGGACUCUUUCUGGGAAUCGGGCUUGGAUUCAUGACUGCGGUUUGCCUGAUUUGGUUUUUUACACCACCAAGUGCUCACAAAUCUCACACAUUACAUAAAACUCAGCAACACUGGAACUCAAGAUCUCUGGAUAUCAAAGAACCGGAAAUACUGAAGGGUUGGAUGAAUGAGAUUCACAACUACGAUCCAGAAACCUACCAUGCGACUUUGACACAUUCGGUCUUUGUUCGACUGGAGGGCAGCACUUUAAGACUUUCAAAGCCCAAUAAAAAUAUAUCCAGGAGGGCAAGCUACAAUGAGACAAAGCCAGAGGUCACCUACAUCAGCCAGAAAAUCUACGACCUCUCAGACAGUAAGAUCUAUCUUGUGCCUAAAAGUUUAGCUCGGAAAAGAAUCUGGAAUAAGAAGUACCCCAUUUGUAUCGAGCUUGGUCGACAAGAUGACUUUAUGGCUAAGGCCCAGACUGACAAGGAGUCUUCUGAAGAAAAGCUACCAGCUGAGAAAGAGCUGGGGGCGGAGGACCCCAAGAAACCAGCCCACCCUCAGGAGGGAACCCGGGCCCAGCGAGAUCAGAUCCUGUAUCUCUUUGGGAGAACUGGCCGAGAGAAAGAAGAGUGGUUUUCGAGAUUCAUUCUGGCAUCGAAGCUGAAGUCGGAACUCAAGAAGACACCUGGCGUCUCUGGAAGUAAACCAGGGGUUUUGCCCUCCCACAGCCGACACAGCAGCCCCUCGGGGCACCUCACCCACAGCCGCAGCAGCAGCAAAGGCAGCGUGGAGGAGAUCAUGUCCCAGCCCAAGCAGAAGGAGCUGCUGGGCAGCGUGCGGCAGAAGAUGCUUCUGGACUACAGCGUGUACAUGGCCAGGUGUAUCCCCCAGGAGAGCCGAAGCCCCCAGCGGAGCCCCGUGCAGAGUGCAGAGAGCAGCCCCACGGCUGGGAAGAAGUUGCCGGAGGCGCCCCCCUCGGAGGAGGAAGAGCAGGAAGCCUGGGUGAACGCCUUGCUCGGGAGGAUGUUUUGGGACUUCUUGGGAGAGAAGUACUGGUCUGAUCUGGUGUCUAAGAAGAUCCAGAUGAAACUCAGCAAAAUAAAGCUCCCCUACUUCAUGAACGAGCUCACGCUGACGGAACUUGACAUGGGAGUAGCUGUGCCAAAAAUCCUGCAGGCCUUCAAGCCUUACGUGGAUCACCGAGGACUCUGGAUCGAUUUGGAAAUGUCCUACAAUGGGUCCUUUCUGAUGACUCUCGAGACCAAAAUGAAUUUGACCAAACUAGGUAAAGAGCCUCUUGUUGAAGUCCUGAAGGUUGGAGAAAUUGGCAAAGAAGGUUGCAGGCCCAGGGCCUACUGUCUGGCCGACAGCGACGAGGAGUCCUCGAGCGCCGGCUCCUCGGAGGAAGACGACGCCCCAGAGCCCAGCACUGGAGAUAAACCGCUUCUCCCCGGGGCGGAAGGGUAUGUUGGAGGUCAUAGAACAAGUAAGAUUAUGAGGUUUGUCGAUAAAAUUACCAAAUCAAAAUACUUCCAAAAAGCAACAGAGACAGAGUUCAUUAAAAAGAAGAUUGAAGAAGUCUCCAACACACCCCUGCUGCUAACCGUUGAAGUACAGGAAUGUCGGGGAACCCUGGCGGUCAACAUCCCACCUCCCCCCACCGACCGGAUCUGGUAUGGUUUCCGGAAGCCACCAUACAUAGAGCUGAAAGCUCGGCCAAAACUUGGAGAGAGAGAAGUGACUUUAGUUCACGUGACAGACUGGAUAGAGAAGAAACUGGAGCAAGAGUUUCAGAAAGUCUUUGUCAUGCCAAACAUGGACGAUGUUUAUGUCCCCUUAAUGCACUCGGCCAUGGACCCUCGCUCUGCGUCCUGCCUCCUGAAAGACGCGCCUGUGGAGGCGGCUGAUGAACUCUAAGGGGCGAGGCACUGACGGUCCCAGUAUUCUGACAUCUAGAACGGGUGGGGUCCUCCGUGACCAUCUGCGCCAUAGCACUGGCCUCUCCUUGUGCCACAGCUUCUGCCCUCUGCCCGCUGGUGCCCAUCCCACUGUGAGGUGUCACCCUGCACCCCAUUUGCACUGCCUGCCAGAGCUUUGGCUCCAUCGAGGAGACUGCGGGUACACGCUAGGGUGCGCCCAGGGCUCACAGGUCAGACAGUGGCCUGUCUGCCAGGCUUGGUGGCUGCAUAAAAGCACAUGAAGAACAAAGCCGUACAACUAGAAGCUCCCGGGGACUCCUCCAAAACUUCUCCUGACAGCAAGUGCACAAAUGGUAUUUCUCACCUCUGGGUUUGGGGUGGCUGCCCUCCACUCUCCCGGGAGUGGCGGUAGGGUGGGGCAGGGGGUGGAGUGUUCCGGAUCAGUGAGAUCCGGAACAAUUUUCUCAUGCUCAAGUGUGCAUUGUGGGAGCAGCCAUAGAACACACAGGUACACUAACUGGGAUGGGAACUGUGGGCAAAGCCAUGAGAUCAAACCAUUCCAACAGGCCUUUUACCAAUGAGGUACCAUCACCUGGUCGCUAAUUCCAAAUGUUUUCCCGAGACUCAUUUGUGAAAAUGUCUAACACUGCACAUGGCAAGGGAAGUGGGGUGGGGACACAAAGCCAGAGCCAGUCUCCACCUGACAUUUCCCCCAUGCUUCAUAAGACUAACCUUAUGGUCUGGAUUCUGUGGGCAGUUUCUAUUUCUGAUGGCCAAAAGGGAAAACUCUAAUCACCAAGGUUGAGUCGUCAAGACCCAAGUUUGCUUGACUUUGAACACUACAUUUAUCUCACAAUGUGUGACCUUUUCACGUUGCCAACUUUCUUUCGUGCAUUUGUGUCAUAAUGUAGUUUACAAGUGUGAGAGCUCCAGUCAUUUGAUUUGCAUUGAAAUGUCAAAAAGAAAUCCUUUAGAACUGCAUUCAACAUCAAGAUUACCUUGGCUCUUUUGGUAAUUUACAUCUGUGGACAGCUAAUAAUGGUUUUUUUAAACAGCACCUUGCCUGAAUGACUUUAAAGAAAUUAAUAUAUUGAAAAAAGUAUAUUUGAACCCUUCCUUGAUUCUAAUUGUACCAUUAAAACAUGACUUAAAUCAACUGACCAUUC